AUGGAGCUUGACCUCGCUAUACUAUCGUUAUCCAAGAUGGUGCAAUUACAUGCAUUCACUAUCGAACUAAAAUGCUUGUGCAAUCAAGAACAGCUUCCUAAAACAAGCAAACUCUUAUCUCUAAAUCCUUUUUUAGAUGAGCAUGGAAUCAUUCGCGUGGGCGGUAGGCUCCAGCAUGCUGACUUGCCCUAUUCAGAGAAACACCAGAUUGUGUUACCAGGCAAGCAUCCGUUUACCAAAUUGUUAAUAAAGCACGAGCAUAUCAAGCUUCUUCACGCAGGAGCACAAAUGAUUUUGGCCUCUAUACGCCAAAAAUUCUGGCCGUUGAACGGGAGGAAUAUUGUUCGUCAUAUCAUUAGAACCUGUGUAACAUGCCUCAAGAUGAAUCCUCCAAUGAUCCAGCCCCUUAUGGGCAAUCUACCUAGGCAAAGAGUUCAAGCCGCCAGAGUCUUUGCAAACGUUGGAAUUGAUUUUUGUGGUCCUUUUCAACUACGUGAGAGCAAGCGACGAAACGCAAGGACGGUGAAGUCUUAUGCUGCAAUCUUGAUGUGUUUGGCAACCAAGGCCAUUCACAUUGAAAUAGCAUUUGAUUUGUCAGCCGAAGAAUUCAUACAUACCCUUAAACGCUUCAUUGGACGCAGAGGCAAGCCGAGUCACAUUUUUUCGGACAACGCGACCAACUUCACGGGAGCAAACCGAGAGCUAAGUGAACUACGUGACAUGUUUUUAAAGGAAGAGCCCACGAUAGUGCAAAAAUCAAUUUCUGAUGGCAUUCAGUGGCAUUUUAUACCACCUAGAGCUCCCAAUUUUGGAGGAAUUUGGGAAGCAUCCGUAAGGUCAUUCAAGGCACACUUCAAAAGAGUGGUUGGCACCACUAUAUUAACAAUAGACGAAAUGCAAACGCUCUCAAUACAAAUAGAGGUGAUCCUAAAUUCUCGUCCAAUAACAGCUCUUUCCAAUGAUCCCAAUGACCUGUCCUAUCUCUCUCCUGGGCACUUUCUGAUUGGAGACACCCUUACCGGUAUACCCGAACCAACUUUAACCGAGAUUCAGGAAGGUAGACUAUCCAAGUGGCAGCGAACGGAACAGAUGCGGCAGCAUCUCUGGAAUCGAUGGUCCAAGGACUAUCUCAAUCAGUUGCAACAGCGCACGAAAUAG